GCAUAACGAUCGUGCUGCUAUCUAUACAAACCGGAAUCACAACAAAUGACGAUCAACAACCGGUUAAGUAUUCAGAAAUCAGCAUUCUUUGGUUUCUCGUGGUGGUUGUCGUAGCGUGGAAGGAAGUGUGUUGGGACGUGGAUUUUAAUCCGAUUUCAUCGGCGUAGAUCAUGGCUCCUCGAUAUGAAAUGGCCGUGGGCCUUCGGAAGGGUCACAAGACAACUAAAAUUAAGUACGGGAAAUCCAAAGAGGACAAAAAGCCAAUCAGACCAUCUCGUCUGAAAGGAGUCCAAACGAAACACACAAAAUUCAUUCGGGACCUCAUUCGAGAAGUAUGUGGACAUGCACCGUAUGAGAAGCGGGCCAUGGAAUUGUUGAAGGUUUCUAAAGACAAGAGGGCUCUUAAAUUCCUAAAGAGGAGGUUGGGCACUCACAUCCGUGCCAAGAGGAAGCGUGAAGAAUUGAGCAACAUCUUGACUCUGAUGAGGAAAGCUCAGGCUCAGGCCAAGUAAUGUGUGACCGUAAUGCUUAUGAACUGUAUUCCUUUAUAAAUAUUAAAAAGUGAAAGUGAAUUGCAUGUGUUUUCUUUCUGAGAACCUUAUUGUUCAAAAUUAAAUCGGAAGAGUUGAUAAUGUGGCAACAGGAUUCAAAUUCUUUGAAAAACUAUGUAAAUAAACUGGUGGUGAGUUGGGGGAUUUGCAUUUAAAAAUUUUCAUAUCAUUAAAUU